AUGGAGGUGCUGGAUGGUCAAAUUACUCUUCUUUCCAACUUUGAAGUAUUGCAACUGCUCAGCGAAGUCAAAAAACAAGAGGACAAGAAGUCGAAGAAUGAUAGGAGCAAGCAUCUUUCCACAGUACUCUAUGAGUUAACUGCAGCAGAAACUAUGCAGCUAAUAAACCUCCGUCCAAGCACAACAACAGAGGUACAACUGCUAGUCGAAGAGAGUGAGGAACGAAUUAAAACAGAAGAGAAACUCGAAGCUUUGGUGAACAUAGUGGUUGACUGCUUACCUUCACGACCAACGAGCAGUAUGACUCAAUGA